AUGUUCCGCACCGUUCAAUCCGUCAGAUCCCUCUCUGUAUCUGCUGUUCGUAACCAAGAUUUGGUUCAACAAGCUUUCGUUAACAAAGUAAGAGAGUUCGGAAAGAAAGGAGGAGACCUUGUUAACUCUGACCCUGCUGUCAAGAAGGCCCUUCAGGAUGAGCUUAACAAGCUUGCUAUGAAGUUCCAACUUGCUAAUGCCGAUGUUGUUUCUAAGAUCCCCACCAACUUCGAAACUGUUAAGGUUGAGUCCUCUCUUAACGAACUUCUUAAUGGAAAGACCAUCUCUGCUUUGGUAGAAGAAGUCAACAAGGAAAAAGCCGAGUACAUCGCCAGCCGUGAUGCUAAGAAGGCCUCCGAAAACGCUCGUGCCGCAUCACUCAAGCAGUAG